CUGCAUUGACAUUGAAUGUGCAUUACCCCUAAUUAACAAAUAAAAAAAAAAGAACUAUUUCUCCACUGUGUCAAAAUUUGAAUUUCCGAAAUUAUUUUGAACAUUUCGCGUAAGGAUAUGGCCUCUUUAUCCAUCCUCUUUGCCCAGUCAUGACUCUGUAUGUCACGGUCGCUGUGGAAGUCUACGUGAUCGGUGUGGUUGUAGCCUGUGACAUCGCAUUUCUACUCAGUUUCAUAGGGUAAUCAUACUCAAAUACACUACAUUUUAAUCUGCACCUGAACUUUUGGCCUGAAAAGGGUAGAGGUACACAAGUUUUGGUACGUAAUCGGUACUACGCGUCCGGUGUAAACUAAUAUCGGUAGACUGUUUGACUUUGACCAGUAUGCUUUGACUUAAACUUAGUCUUAGUCUUAGAGUUAGACUCGGGAGACAUUUUCAACAAAAAAAUUGUCAUAUACUGUCUACCAUAUGCCUAUACAUUUAAAUACAAUAGUAGUUGAAAAAAGUGCUACAUUUUCAUUUAUUUGGUUCCUUUUCUCAGUUCAUCACUUUCAAUCAUAUAAUAUAAUUAAUUAUAAUUGCCAAUAUUUCAAUUUCUUGAAUAUAUUUCUCUAAAUUAAAAAAAAUGUCAAUUUGUUGUCAAUAAUAUUAGUCUGGUAUUAUAUUAAUGAAUUAAAGUAUAAAAUAAGCUUUAUAAUAUUAUUUUAAUUUUCGGCUAAUUUUCUAAUUUAAAUUUAAAUUCAUUUUUUUCAAAAUGUAAGUUAAUAAGUUCCUAUUUUUCCUACUACUACUAUACCUAUGCUUAUACUACAUUAUACUUAUACAACUUAUACAUAAAUUCAAUAAACUUCAAAAUUUUGUAAUGAAAAAUUAUCAUAAUGAAUAAAUCAUACAUAAAUGUAAGAUACAAUUUUGUAUCCUCAUUAUUUUAUUUUAAAAAUGCAAACAAUUAUUUGUAUUUAUGAAAGAGAAAAAAAAAACAAUGGCUAUAAGUGAAUCAAAGGAGUGAGCCCAAUACUAUAUAUAAUAUAUAUAUAUAUAUUAAUGAAAAUUAAAAGUAUAAAGCUUGCAGGCUAAGUCUAAAGUGUAAUUAAUUAGCUUACUACUACUAUUCUAUUUCGCCUAGUUAGUUACCAGACCCAUUAUUUUCACCUACUCUUAAUAAAAUGUAUCCUCUCCAUUCCUUUCAUUGUCUUUUAUUGGUUAUAUUUUAUGUAACUGAUAGUCAUAGAUAUUUUAAUGUGUCAUAAAUGUAAUUGUACUGGUUAUAUAAUUGUACUUCAUAUUUAAUUCCAGAAUAUAACUAAAAUGGCAGAGGAGGACAAAGAUGGCCAUAACUUAACACAUGCCUUAGUGCAGAAAAUUAUAAGGAAUUGUCCAUUCCUGACAGAAGAACUUUUAAAACGUUUAUGUAGAUUAUUCCAGAAUAUUGAGCUGUCUGCAGAUUUUGUAAAUUCUCUAGAUCUUUCAAAAAUGCUAGGGAUAGCAGAGACUCACAAAGAAACAGAUUUACUCACUAAUCUGGGAAAAUGUAUCAACAUAAAAGAAUCCCAGGAAACCGAUAUGCCAAACAAACCAAAUUUUUCAUCCAAGGAAAAAAACUAUUGUUCUGAAUCAAAAGAAACUGAAAAGAAAGUGGAAAAGAGCUCUGUUAAACUUAACAUCAGUUGGGAUGAGGUCCAUGGCCAAUGUUUUAAGUCAUGUAGCAAAGUCAAUAAAGAUAGAGUUGAUAGAGUUAAAGACGAGGACUGUGAAAAGUAUGAAAAUUGUAAUGAUUCAAGGACAAGAGAGGGAAGCACAGUUUCAUUAAACGAUUUAUUUAAGUGGCAGAAUUUUCAUUGCAGGUCUGAGAACAUUCAAGUUUAUUUGGUUGAGAAUACAGUAAGAAAUGAGUAUAAGAAGGAAGUAAAUAGGAUUUGCACAUUUGCUAAGUUCCCAAGAAGUGCAACAACACAUUCAUAUUCCCUGGCAGCUGAAGGAUUUAUAUACAUUGGCUCUGGGAAAGAUAAUGAUGAUGAGGUCUUGUGCUGUUUUUGCAAUAAAAAGAAAAAAGACUGGCAAGCAACAGACAAUGUCAAAAUUGUUCAUAAACAGAUUUGUCCUACUUGUCCCAUGGUUACUGGAAAGAACUGUGACAAUGAGCCCUUUUCCACAACAUCUUCUUUAAGCUCUGUAGAUCCUCAGGUUUAUAAAACAUUUGAUCGGCUGAGAGAAAUAAGAGAUAAAGAACGGCAGAAAGAUAUGGAAUCAGACUCUGCUCUUGAGAUUAGUCAGCCAGCAUCAGACAGAUUUCAUCAAGAAUCAAAACAUGUUAACAAGAACGGAAAAAUUCAGAUGGCAGAACGUAGUAUCACUAGAUCUGUGAGUGAGAGACAGAAAGUUCAAGAACAGGCACCUUUAAAUAAAGUUGGCUCAAGACCAAUUCAGCCGAGCGACAAUGAUGGUCCAUCCAGUGUUGCGCCAUCAGGAGUUGAAUUUAGGUCAUCAAAUGUCCAAGAUUUUCCUUACGCUCUAACAAUAGAUUCAAGAAACAGAUCAAACGCUGCAACAUCUCAGAAUGUAGAAGUUACUCAAACUGCUGCGGUGAAGCCUCCAGAAAGUUCUUUCGUACCUCAGUCCACGGCUUCAGGAAAUGUCAACACAGCAAUGACUUUAUCGGCAUCUGAAAAUUCAACAACCAGACCACAAAUUAAUACAACUGCAGAACGAUCCAAUAAUCCAGUAGAAGGCACACCAACUGCAGCACCAGCGACCAAUUCCAACACUGCCGCUAACAGUGGGGCGCAAAUAGGAAGUAACACAGCAGAAAAUGGCAUGAGUAGCAGAAGCAAUGGACCGGGGCCCACCUACGCUGAACUUGGAAUCAUAACAGAGAGACCUAAAAGGACUGAAUAUGCUCUAAGACAGAAAAGGUUAGAGACGUUCGAAAAUUGGCCACGGGAUCACCACCUGACUCCUGAAGACCUUUCUGAGGCUGGGUUUUAUUAUGCUGGUGAGUUUUAGAAAAGUACAACUUUUUUUAGAGUGCUUUUUUUUUAAUGUCAAAAUUCCUAAUGUCAAUUUAAUAUCAAGUAGCUGCUUCAAAAUAUCUAUUUCAUUUGUUAAUCACAUAUUUAAGCCAAAAAAAAUUUUGUGUUAUGUCUAAUAAUAAGUUAUGCUUUCUUUAGCUCUAAGCAAAUGCAUUUUGCAUUUGUAAAUCCUAUGGUAAAAUAAUUAAUUGUACUGUCAUUUUGCAAUAUACAAACUGUCAUUUGCAAUAUAGAAUGAUUUGAGGAAGUUUAACUUAUGUGCAGUGUUUAUUUCCCAAUCACACAAAAGGUUACGGCGACUGCGCCAGGUGUUUCUACUGUGGAGGCGGCCUGAGGAACUGGGAUGAUGAAGACAAUGUGUGGGUGGAGCACGCAAGGUGGUUUCCGAAAUGUGCCUACAUACGUCAGCAGAUGGGGCAAGCAUUCAUAGAUGCAGUACAAGAACUGAACAAACAGUACACUGUGGUAAGUUCUAAGAAAACUGUGUCAGGGCCAAGGCCAUAAAGAUAAGUUUAAAAAAUCAAUAUAGUUAUUGUAAUCAAUUAUAUGCUGCUUCAAAAAUACACAGUAAUGAGUGAUAUCUCUGUGAUGUCAGUACUAAUAAUAUUUUAUUAUAUUAUUUGCAGAUACCUUUUAGCAGGGUGACUGAAAAGAUUGGACCAGUGUCAGCAGCAUUUAAUCUUGGUAAUUAUAAAACUUUUAGAACUGCUAUUGUAUUUAUUGCCUAGUAAAUGUAUACCCUUUUUUUUCUGAAAGUGACAACUGUUCUUUUGGUAAAUUACGAACCCUAAAGGAACUUUGGUGUUGAGGCCUAUACAUCGAGAUCUUGGGUUAUGAUCAUUGGGGUUUUAUUAUUUUUUUUUUAAUGCAAAAUUAUUUUAAUUUCUGCUUAAAAAAAUUACCUGAAUUAUUUGGAAAUAAUGUUUUUUGUUUACUUAUCCAAAGCAAUAGGAAAUAACAUGAUGCUGAUCAAUUUUCAAUUAAUAUUUUUUAACUCCAAGAAAUAGAUUGAUUGGAAUAGAUUGAUUAAAGCAUAUAAUUGCAUACAUCUGUUUUUGCUCAAUUUCAGAUACCAAAGAAGCACCUUUGAAAAGAGACCCAGCCGUAAAAACCAUUGUAGACAUGGGUUACUUGGAGAAGGACGUAGUGGAAGCUGCACUGCGUGUGAAAGCCGAAUGUAAGUUUAUCAAUUUUUUUCUCUCCUUCAGAACUUUGAUAUUCACAUACUAACAGCUGAAGUAUCAAGUUAGUUCAGAGGUGGAAAGGUUUGGGCAUAUUCAUUAAAAUACCUAAAAAAAAAAUUCUAUUCUUAAUAAGGUGUAAAGAGAAUUACUCUAUUCUUAAUAGGGUGUAAAGAGAAUUACUCUAUUCUUAAUAGGGUGUAAAGAGAUUGUUAAGACUAUUAAAGUGGGUUGGUAGCUAGGAUUAAUUUUUAAUUGGAAGACAAAAUUCUUUAAUGGGGGUCCAAUCAGUUAGCUACUCUACAAGUAAUGGACAUAAAAAAGAUAUAAGGAUUAUAAAAUGUCCUCAUCAGACACACACACCCGUUUCCACCUCACCAACCCUUUUCCACCAUACAAAACUUUGGCUCUUGUUAAUCAAAUGCUGUUUAGAUGUUGCCUGGUUCACUUUACUCAACUGUAAAUAUUUUCAAUAAACAGUCAGCAUUGUGUCUGCCGAUGCUGUACUAGAGAGCCUGGAGAUGGACGGGAAGCGAAAGGUCAAUGCGUCCAAAAUUAUUGUGCCAUACACAAGCUCCAACUUUAAUCCUCAAGCUGGCCUAGGUAAAUAUUGAAGACAUCAGUGAGACACUAACAAUUUGUGUGAAUAAAACAGUAUAGGUUAAUUUUUAAUAAUGGUUACGCAGAAUACGAAUGCAAACGUUUCGGGAAGUGCCUUCAUCAGUAUAACAAAAGAACACACAAAAAAUAUAAAUAUACUGCUAUUCAUUUACAAAAUUGAUAUAUACAAGUGUAUUUUCAAAAACUGAUUGAAUGUAUGUGUGUACCUUCAUUUAGAAUGUUUGACUAAUGUGUCUUAAUUCAGUGUCUUUGUCAUUGUCCGUAUGGUCAAUAUGUCUUGAAAGGAAAUCAGCUACUGUGUUAUCUUUUCCUUUUAUUGUCCUUAUCUCAUACUGAUAAUGUAGUAGGAUCAACGACCAUCUGUUUAUUUUGCUGUUUGCUAUUUUCUUUCUAUUUAGUGCCAUCAAUGGCUUGUGAUCAGUUAAUAAGAUAAAUUUUCUACCUAAUAGAUAUUUCUGUAAUUUUGUAAGUGCCCACACAAUUGCUAAGCAUUCCUUCUCAAUAGUCGAGUAGUUAAUUUCAGUUCUGCUUAGUGCUCUACUUGAAUAAGUGAUUGGUCUUAGUUUAUGAUUGACUUCUUGCAUAAGGCAAGCUCCUAAUCCAUUGUUGGAAGCGUCUGUCACUAAAGUGAAAGACUGAUUAAAGUUGGGUGAUAACAAUAUGUUGUCACUUUGGAAAAUUUCUUUGAUUGUUUUUAAUGCAUUCUCACAUUCCAUCCGUCCAUACGAUUUGUUUCUUGCUAUCUUUGUUUAUUAGUUUCCUUAAAGGUAAAGUAAUAUCAGAGAAUUUUGGAACAAAAGUGCUAUAAAAAUUGCACAAACCCAAAAUGGCUUUGACUUCUUUUUGAGUGUGUGGUGUUUUUAUGUUUAAUAUUUUUCCUCUGUUGUGUUCUGUGGGCUGAAUUGUGUUCUUACUAACUUUAAAUCCUAAAAAUUCUAUUUCCUCUUGUGCAAAUUUUAAUUUGUUUGGUGCAAUUGUGACUCCAUGUGAUCUUAAUUUGUCUAAUACUACUUUUAUUGUCUCUAUAUGUGUUUUCAUAUCUUUAGUGUGGAUAUAGAUAUCAUCAACAAAAUGUACAACAUUUGGUAUGCCUGCUAACAUGAUUCGCAUGAAUCGAGAGAAUGUUGCGGUAGAAUUGACCAGACCAAAUGGCAUUACUGUCCAUUCAAACAAGCCUUCCUCUGUGGCAAAUGCAGUAUAAGGCAUGGAAUCUGGAUGCAUGCCUAUUUGCCAGAAUCCUCUGUUUAAAUCUAGGUGUGUGAAAAAUGUGGAGGAGCCUAUUUCUUCAAGUAGUUCUCUGGUGUCCCUCAUGGGUUCUGCAUCUAACUGGGUGAUUUUAUUUAACUCCCUGUAGUCACAGCAUAUACGGCACUGGCCAUUUUUCUUUUUUACUACUACCAUGGGUGAUGAUAUUGGUGAAUCUGAUCUUUUAAUUUUGUUAGUCUGUAUUAAGUGAUUUAGUUCUUUCUUUACUUCUUCCUUAAAUGCAUAUGGGAUUGGAUAGAUUUUGUGUUUGAAUGUGGGUUCCUGUGUUAAUAUAAUUUUGUGAUCUAAACUACUAGUGUGUCCUAUGUUCUCUGUGAUGACAUCUUUGUAUUCUUUCAGAAUUGUUGUUAAGUGUCUGUUUGUUGUGGUGUUAUUUUCAUUGUCUUCUAAUUGUAUAACACUAGCAAUGGUGGCUGUGCUAGGUAUUUCAUUGGUGAUGGUGUGUAAAUCUUCUGGACAAGAGUCAUAUUUUCUGAGCAAGUCAACAUGUAGGACUUUCAGUUCACCCUUCAUGUGGAUUACAUAAUCAACUAAAUUUAACUUAUCAUGUACUGUAAAAGGACCCUGCCAGAUCUUUUGUCCAUUAUUGUUUGGCAACCAGACUAAAACUUUAUCAUUUACUUUAAGAUCUCUGAGGUAUCUAUUUGUAUUCUUUAUGUAGGCGUAGGUUCAAAUCCCACUUCUGACACCAUUUGUAACACAUAUGCUCUGACAUCAUUGUAACUCAUGGCGUGAGAUCUUAUUUCUUAGUGGGUUAUGUCAGUAGCAUGGUCACUUGCUUUAUGUUAAUAAUUCAGGAUGCCGGCUAAGACUUCUUCAUUCUUCCACUUAUUAUCCAGGCACGCAAAGAAGGAUACUGAAUUCUGAUUAAACUUACAGUACUUUAUUGAAUCACACUUUACACUGAUAAUAUUAAUAAUAAUCCUUGCAUGAAUGUAAUCAUUUCACAUAUAUAUAUAUAGUAUUCCACCAUUCAGAAAGACAUGUCUUCACUCUACUAUAAAUCAGCUCAACUGUACAAUAACUCAGCUCUAACUCUCUCUCUACUGAUCUGCGCGCACUAUCUCAAUCAACUGCCCCUUUUAUUACCAGCAAAGCGUGGAAAACGACCGCUUUGCCAAAAACAUAAUUUACUCUCCAAAAAACGUGGAGCUCACAUUUUCCUCUCAAAAAUACAAUCCACUCUCUCUCCUCGUGGAAAAAUGUGGUCAACACAAUUCACUGUUCACUCAUGCUACCUCUCUGUUUUCUUGUGAAAACAUAGUAUGUUACACAUUCCAUAUUAAUUUUUGGUACAGAAAGUAUAAGGGUCCUUAAAGAGAAGAACAACCAGCUCCGUCAACAGACUGUGUGUAAGAUUUGUAUGGACAAGGAAGUGGCCGUCGUGUUCCUGCCCUGUGGUCAUCUGGUUUCUUGCGCAGAGUGUGCCACUGCCAUGAAGGAUUGCCCAGUCUGCAGAGUCAAUAUUAAAGGAGUUGUGAGGGCUUUUAUUGGAUAAAUAAAAAAAUUAACUAUUUAAAUUAUUUACUAUCUUUAUGAUUGAUUAUAUUAAUUUAUUUGUAUAUAUAUUUUAGUAGAUAUAUAUAUUUAAAAUGAAAUAAUUAUAAGAUUAUAAAUAAUUGCUGACAUGCAUGUAAAAAAAAUGUUAUUGUUCUAUUUUAUAAUUUGUUUGUUAGAGUUCUAUUAUGGUCUUUGGAUAUGUUAAAAGUUUAUAUUGUUUUAAACUUUUUAUUGUUAAAUGAAAAAAAAAAGAAAAAAAAAAUGCUUUUUUGCUACCCUCAAUAAAUAUACAUUGCCAAAAAAAUAAAAUUAACCUUUUUUUUUUUUUUAAAAAAUAAAAAAUUUUUGUUAGAGUUUUAUUAUUGUCUUUGGAUAUGUUAAAAGUUUAUAUUUUUUUAAACUUUUUAUUGUUAAAUGAAAAAAAAAAAGAAAAAAAAAAUGCUUUUUUGCUACCCUCAAUAAAUAUACAUUGCCAAAAAAAUAAAAUCAACCUUUUUUUUUUUUAAAAAAUAAAAAAUGUGUUACACAUCAAAUGUAGUAUACACCUACAUUACAUCAGUAAUAAAUUACAAAUGUUUCAUGACAUGAUGUUACUGGUGAUAACUUAUACAUAUAUACAAGUCAAUACUCUUCAACCAGUUAAUAUAUUAUUUUCUUGAACCCUUGAGAUCGCAAAAUUUUCUUCCAUCAAUACCUAAUACCAAUUACUGCACUUUAAAUGAACAACAGUGUGAACUAGAAGAAAGUUAAGGAUAUAAUGCUGAAGUCUAAAAUCACGUUCUUCAUUCAAUAGAAUAUUAAUAUUGAGAUUUACAUUAUACAGACUAACAUAUGCUGUUGUCGAAAAAACUUGACAGGCUGUGUUACAUUAUUUGAAAAUUAAAACGAAGUAUGAUUUAUAUUAAAAGCCAACAACCAAGGUUAUUAAUAAAUAAGUUAUUACCAUAUGACUUGCCGAAUCAAAACUUGUUUUCUCCACAUCUUCUGAGGAUCAAUCACUUUUUUAAGUUAACAAGCUAUUAGCUUCCAUUCCAUGAUGUCAGAUGGUAACAUUUUACUUAAUACUGGAGCAUGACUUCAGUUAUUUUUAAUACUUUUAAAGUUAUAUAAUAUAAUUAAUCUAAUAGAUAAAUUUAUACCUACUAAUGCUGAGUGAAAAUAUAACGCAAGACAUCUCAAGGGCCUAGGAGAAUCAAAAAGAUUCCUUUAAUUUAGACAUGAAACAUUUUUAAAGAUUCAUUUCGGUUGAAUGUUAAUUAUAUUUUUAAGAAAAAGGCAGCUUUAUGGUUUUGGGAGUCAUGGUUUUAAAAAUAAGUACACAUGAUAUCUGUGUAACAAAUUGAAGUAAAUACAAAUGAUAUCUGUGUAACAAUUUGAAGUAAAUGCGCAUGAUGUCUCUGUAACAAUUUGAAGAAAAUACACAUGAUAUCUCUGUAACAAUUUGAAGAAAAUACACAUAUCUGUGUAACAAUUUGGAGUAAAAGCGCAUGAUAUCUGUGUAACAAUUUGAAGAAAAUACACAUAUCUGUGUAACAAUUUGAAGAAAAUACACAUGAUAUCUGUGUAACAAUUUGGAGUAAAUGCGCAUGAUAUCUGUGUAACAAUUUGAAGAAAAUACACAUGAUAUCUGUAUAACAAUUUGGAGUAAAUACACAUGAUCUCUGUGUAACAAUUUGAAGAAAAUAAACAUGAUAUCUGUGUAACAAUUUGGAGUAAAUACACAUGAUAUCUAUGUAACAAUUUAAAGAAAAUACACAUGAUAUCUGUGUAACAAUUUGGAGUAAAUGCGCAUGAUAUCUGUGUAACAAUUUGAAGUAAAUGCGCAUGAUAUCUGUAACAAUUUGAAGUAAAUGCGCAUGAUAUCUGUGUAACAAUUUGAAGUAAAUGCGCAUGAUAUCUGUGUAACAAUUUGGAGUAAAUACACAUAAUAUCUGUGUAACAAUUUGGAGUAAAUACACAUGAUAUCUGUGUAACAAUUUGAAGUAAAUACACAUGAUAUCUGUGUAACAAUUUGAAAUAAAUACACAUGAUAUCUGUGUAACAAUUUAAAGUAAAUACACAUGAUAUCUGUGUAACAAUUUGAAGAAAAUACACAUCUGUGUAACAAUUUGGAGUAAAAGCGCAUGAUAUCUGUGUAACAAUUUGAAGAAAAUAUACAUAUCUGUGUAACAAUUUGAAGAAAAUACACAUGAUAUCUGUGUAACAAUUUGGAGUAAAUGCGCAUGAUAUCUGUGUAACAAUUUGAAGAAAAUACACAUGAUAUCUGUAUAACAAUUUGGAGUAAAUACACAUGAUCUCUGUGUAACAAUUUGAAGAAAAUAAACAUGAUAUCUGUGUAACAAUUUGGAGUGAAUACACAUGAUAUCUAUGUAACAAUUUAAAGAAAAUGCACAUGAUAUCUGUGUAACAAUUUGGAGUAAAUGCGCAUGAUAUCUGUGUAACAAUUUGAAGUAAAUGCGCAUGAUAUCUGUGUAACAAUUUGAAGUAAAUGCGCAUGAUAUCUGUGUAACAAUUUGAAGUAAAUGCGCAUGAUAUCUGUGUAACAAUUUGGAGUAAAUACACAUGAUAUCUGUGUAACAAUUUGAAGUAAAUACACAUCAUAUGGGUGUAAAAAUUUGAAGUAAAUACAAAUGAUAUCUGUGUAACUAUUUAAAGUAAAUACACAUGAUAUCUGUGUAACAAUUUGAAGUAAAUACACAUGAUAUCUGUGUCACAAUUUGAAUUAAAUACAAAUGAUAUCUGUGUAAUAAUUUGAAGUAAAUACACAUGAUAUCUGUGUAACAAUUUAAAAUAAAUACACAUGAUAUCUGUGUAACAAUUUGAAUUAAAUACAUAUGAUAUCUGUGUAAAAAUUUUAAGUAAAUGCACAUGAUAUCUGUGUAACAAUUUGGAGUAAAUGCGCAUGAUAUCUGUGUAACAAUUUGAAGUAAAUGCGCAUGAUAUCUGUGUAACAAUUUGAAGUAAAUGCGCAUGAUAUCUGUGUAACAAUUUGAAGUAAAUGCGCAUGAUAUCUGUGUAACAAUUUGGAGUAAAUACACAUGAUAUCUGUGUAACAAUUUGAAGUAAAUACACAUCAUAUGGGUGUAAAAAUUUGAAGUAAAUACAAAUGAUAUCUGUGUAACUAUUUAAAGUAAAUACACAUGAUAUCUGUGUAACAAUUUGAAGUAAAUACACAUGAUAUCUGUGUCACAAUUUGAAUUAAAUACAAAUGAUAUCUGUGUAAUAAUUUGAAGUAAAUACACAUGAUAUCUGUGUAACAAUUUAAAAUAAAUACACAUGAUAUCUGUGUAACAAUUUGAAUUAAAUACAUAUGAUAUCUGUGUAAAAAUUUUAAGUAAAUGCACAUGAUAUCUGUGUAACAAUUUGAAGUAAAUACACAUGAUAUCUGUGUAACAAUUUGAAUUAAAUACAAAUGAUAUCUGUGUAACAAUUUGAAGUAAAUACAAAUAAUAUCUGUGUAACAAUUUGAAGUAAAAAUACAAAUGAUAUCUGUGUAACAAUUUGAAGUAAAUACACAUCAUAUCUGUGUAACAAUUUGAAGUAAAAAUACAAAUGAUAUCUGUGUAACAAUUUGAAGUAAAUACACAUCAUAUCUGUGUAACAAUUUGAAGUAAAUACAAAUGAUAUCGGCGUAACAAUUUGAAGUAAAUACAAAUGAUAUCUGUGUAAUUAUUUGAAAUAAAUACAAAUGAUAUCUGUGUAACAAUUUGAAAUAAAUACAAAUGAUAUCUGUGAAACAAUUUGAAGUAAAAACACAUCAUAUCUGUGUAAAAAUUUUAAGUAAAUACACAUGAUAUCUGUGUAACUAUUUGAAGUAAAUACACAUCAUAUCUGUGUAACAAUUUGAAGUAAAUACACAUCAUAUCUGUGUAACAAUUUUAAGUAAAUACACAUGAUAUAUGUGUAAAAAUUUGAAGUAAAUACAAAUGAUAUAUGUCUAACAAUUUGAAGUAUAUUCACAUGAUAUAUGUCUAACAAUUUGAAGUAAAUACACAUCAUAUCUGUGUAACAAUUUUAAGUAAAUACACAUCAUAUCUGUGUAACAAUUUGAAGUAAAUACACAUCAUAUCUGUGUAACAAUUUUAAGUAAAUACACAUCAUAUCUGUGUAACAAUUUUAAGUAAAUACAAAUGAUAUCUGUAUAACAAUUUGAAAUAAAUACACAUGAUAUCUGUGUAACAAUUUGAAUUAAUACACAUGAUACCUGUGUAAUAAUUUGAAGUAAAUACACAUGAUAUCUUUGAAACAAUUUGAACUAAAUACACAUGAUACCUGUGUAACAAUUUGAAAUAAAUACACAUGAUAUCUGUGUAACAAUUUGAAAUAAAUACACAUGAUAUCUGUGUAACAAUUUGAACUAAAUACACAUGAUACCUGUGUAACAAUUUGAACGCUAGGAUUUCCGUUUAAAAAAAAAAAGAAAAAGUAUUGAUCUUAAGGCCCUUGACGCGAACAAGUCUAUAAGUUUCAGCGUGACUUAAAUUUGUUUGAUCAGAAGAAAGAAAAAUAAAAAACCGAUAAGAAUCCAUACAUUAAACGCGUCUUAUACGAGUUUGAGUCACAUGAUGUAAUAUCUUUACGGGAUAUCGAAAUAAGCAUAUGACACAUAAUUUUAUUGUAUUUAGCUACAUAGUUAAAUUUUUAUUUCAUAUGUAUCCGUGAAAAAAAAAUUUUGUUAACAAAUUUAAAUAUUAAAAAUAUCUCUCAGUAAUAGACAAAUUAUUAAGUUUGCGAAUUUGAUUCAAAACUGACACGAAAAAAAAAAUCCCUAAUCAUAUAUUGGAAAUACUUAGGCGAAAUUAUCUUUCGUUUGGAGUUUGCCUGUCGUCAUAUUGAAAUCUAUGAUCACAGCUAAGCCGUCGCGUGACAUUUUGAGGACACCUGUUACUUUUAUUUUCUCCCCACCUCCCUGUAUCUAAAGUUGAUAGCGUAGUUCUUUUUUUUUUCUUCUAAAUCACAACAAUUACCCCUUUAAUUACGAUUCCCUCUUUUUUAUUAUCUUUCUUUUAUACGAAUUUCUUACGCCUGGUUUGAUAUAAACGAAAAAAUAUACACUGUUUAAAAAUGAAAUCUUCAUUCUUAAACACAUUAAAAUAUUUAUCCCAAUAUUCAUUCACAGAUCAAAAUGUCCCAAGUGGGCAACCAGCUCUGUCGAGCUAUGUUGGACCAGAUGUCUUUGCGGAACAUGGCAUUAUGGCGCUUAGUCACGGAGACUUGUUUGAACAAGGAGAGGGGCAUUCUGAUGUUCAACGCUGGUGCAAAGAGCAGGUUGGCCCAUUCAAAUAUCUUUUUAAUGAAUGCAAGGGUUGUGUUGAUGUACAAUACAACCGAAGAAAGCCAUAAAGAGCAACGACAGAAGGGCGUUGAUGACAUAAUUCGCUAUGCAAGCGAAAUAAAAUCAGAUCAUGGCUCUUACACUUGGGAGAAAUUCAAUUUGGCUUCAGAGUCUCGCAAGGAUCUGUAGCUGGAAUAUCAAUAACUCACAUUGACACCAGGUUGGAAAUAAUCAAUAGCCAAAUGACAGCUGUGAAAAGAAAUGUAACAAAAAAUGGACGUAACGAUUAACUUUUACAAAUCCGAGUUCUCAGACGCAUUAUCGAAAAGACAAGAGAAAGCAGGCCACUAUAAAAUGAGAUGUUAGAUACUUUGAACAUUUUAGAGCAAAACGUUCCACCGAUACCCAAACCACAGAUUUGCCCACACCAUCAACAUAAGGCCGAAAAUUCAGAUUGCUUGAUUCUAUAAGUUGUUCUAUUGGUCAAGGAUAAUUUUGAAAAAAUAGUUAAAAAAGAGUU